CAGAGAGACAUCAGAACUAAACCAAGAAAAAGCCAAAUUUAGUAGCUAAUCAUCGGAAUACCCAAGAGGCAAGCUGCAGCCUGAGAAAGACAAUAAUGGAGGCUUCUUGUGUUCGGGUUUUGAUCCUUGUCGCUUGCUUGUUUCCUGUGCUGGUUGAGUCCACAGUUCGUCACUACAAGUUCAAUGUGGUUAUGAGGAACACCACUCGACUGUGCUCAACCAAGCCCAUUGUCACUGUCAAUGGCCGGUUUCCAGGUCCCACUCUCUAUGCUAGGGAAGAUGAUACAGUGCUUGUCAAGGUCGUCAACCAUGUCAAAUACAAUGUCUCCAUCCACUGGCACGGAGUCCGGCAACUCCGAACGGGGUGGGCCGAUGGACCCGCAUAUAUCACGCAGUGUCCGAUCCAACCGGGGCAAAGCUACGUCUACAACUUCACCAUCACCGGCCAAAGGGGCACACUUCUCUGGCACGCUCACAUUUUAUGGCUACGCGCCACCGUGCACGGUGCCAUCGUCAUUUUGCCCAAGCGCGGCGUGCCAUAUCCAUUCCCCAAACCCAACAAGGAAGUGGUUGUUAUAUUAGCUGAAUGGUGGAAAUCGGACACUGAAGCUGUGAUCAAUGAAGCUCUGAAGUCGGGUUUGGCGCCUAAUGUCUCUGAUGCUCAUACCAUUAAUGGACAACCAGGAUUAGUGUCAUCCAACUGCUCUUCACCACAAGGAGAAUUCAAGUUGAAUGUUGAAAAUGGGAAAAGUUACAUGCUGAGGAUAAUCAACGCUGCGCUCAAUGAGGAGCUCUUCUUCAAGAUCGCCGGCCACAAGCUCACCGUCGUGGAAGUCGACGCAACCUACGUAAAGCCCUUCAAAACCGACACCAUUGUCAUCGCCCCUGGCCAAACCACGAACGUGAUCCUCACCGCCGAUCAAUCCUCCGGCAAGUACAUGGUGGCCGCCUCCCCCUUCAUGGAUGCCCCGAUCGCCGUCGACAACAACACCGCCACAGCCACUGUCCACUAUGCCGGCACACUGGCUUCCUCCGCCACCACCUUCGCCACCCACGCACCUCCCAAAAACGCCACCCCAGUUGCCAACAACUUCAUCGACUCCUUAAGAAGCUUGAAUUCCAAGAAGUAUCCGGCCAAGGUCCCGUUAACAGUGGACCGCUCCCUCUUCUUCACUGUCGGCCUGGGGAUCAACCCUUGCCCCACCUGCAAAGCCGGGAAUGGCAGCCGGGUCGUGGCGAGCAUCAACAACGUCACCUUUGUCAUGCCCACCACCGCCCUCCUCCAAGCACAUUUCUUCAAGACAAAGGGAGUCUUCACCACCGAUUUCCCCGGCAACCCGCCUUCCGCUUUCAACUACACCGGCACUCCUCCGGCGAACCUGCAAACCAGCAACGGGACAAAGGUGUAUCGACUACCUUAUAAUGCCACAGUUCAACUUGUUCUUCAAGAUACCGGUAUAAUCUCUCCAGAGAACCAUCCGCUGCAUCUCCAUGGAUUCAACUUCUUCGCAGUUGGAAAAGGAGUUGGAAAUUACAACCCCAAGAAAGAUCCCAAAAAAUUCAAUCUCGUUGAUCCUGUCGAAAGGAACACAAUUAGUGUUCCAUCUGGUGGCUGGGUAGCUAUCCGAUUCCUUGCUGAUAACCCAGGGGUUUGGUUUAUGCAUUGCCAUUUGGAGGUGCACACGACAUGGGGCUUGAAGAUGGCAUUCUUGGUGGAUAAUGGGAAGAACCCUAAUGAGUCUCUUUUGCCUCCUCCAAAAGAUCUUCCCAAGUGUUAGCGAGCCGCCAUUGCCAUGAACAGAAAGAUCAAAUUAGUGAAAGCAACCCACCCACAAUUUCUUGAGUGGAGAGAAGAUUUGCUCAAGAGCAUUCUCAAUAAUUAUGCGAGAAUUUUGAGGUUUUAAGUGUGUGUACAUUUUUACAGAGAUGUAAGAAUGCAUUAAUUUUUAUUUUAUUUCUUUUAAUCAUACAAACAACCAUUGAAAUCACAAUUAAAAUGCAAACUCACUCUCAAAGCUUGUUUUUGGUGCAA